AUGGUGGUUACGGAGAAAGACUGUGGUUACCAUCGGUUUGGAGAAAGAUGUGGUUACCAUGGUUUGAGAAGACGUAUUAACCAUGGUUUGGAGAAAGGCUGUGGUUACCAUGGUUUGGAGAAAGACUGUGGUUACUAUGGUUUGGGGAAAGACUGUGGUUACCAUGGUUUGGAGAAAGGCUGUGGUUACCAUGGUUUGGAGAAAGACUGUGGUUACCAUGGUUUGGAGAAAGGCUGUGGUUACCAUGGUUUGGAGAAAGACUGUGAUUACCAUGGUUUGGAGAAAGGCUGUGGUUACCAUGGUUUGGAGAAAGACUGUGGUUACCAUGGUUUGGAGAAAGACUGUGGUUACCAUGGUUUGGGGAAAUGUUGUGGUUACCAUACUUUGGGGAAAGGCUGUGGUUACCAUGGUUUGGGGAAAGGCUGUGGUUACCAUGGUUUGGGGAAAGGCUGUGGUUACCAUGGUUUGGGGAAAGGCUGUGGUUACUAUACUUUGGGGAAUUGUUGUGGUUACCAUGAUUUGGGGAAAGGCUGUGGUUACCAUGGUUAG